CCCGCGCCCCCGGCCCGCCCGCUGCCCGCUCGCCCUCGCCCGCCGCCCCGCGAUCAUGGCCGGCUGGCAGAGCUACGUGGACAACCUGAUGUGCGAUGGCUGCUGCCAGGAGGCCGCCAUUGUGGGCUACUGCGACGCCAAGUACGUCUGGGCAGCCACGGCCGGCGGCAUCUUCCAGAGCAUCACGCCAGGAGAAAUAGAUAUGGUUGUAGGAAAAGACCGAGAGGGUUUCUUCACCAAUGGUCUCACCCUUGGUGCAAAGAAGUGCUCUGUGAUCAGAGAUAGCCUGUAUGUCGAUGGUGACUGCACAAUGGACAUCAGGACAAAGAGUCAAGGUGGUGAGCCGACAUAUAAUGUUGCUGUAGGCAGAGCUGGACGAGUCUUGGUCUUUGUAAUGGGCAAAGAAGGGGUCCAUGGAGGCGGAUUGAAUAAGAAGGCAUACUCAAUGGCAAAAUACUUGAGAGACUCUGGGUUCUAGUUGUUAGGCAGACUGUUAAGUAUUAGGGGAAGAUUGCUAUUAAAUUUUCCUGGCGGUGAGCUUUAAACCUUACAUUCUGGAAACUUUACUAGCAAUGCAGGGUGAUGGGGUAUGAACCUGUGUCUCCUUUGUAUCCCUUUGUUGGUGGGGAAAGGUGUUAUUUUUUUUCCCUUUAAUUCUUUUCAUUUCUGUUUUGUUUCCUUGUGUACUCCAGCAUUGGUUAUAGUCAUGGGAAAGGAAGGUGUCCAUGGUGGGACACUCGACAAGAAAGCAUAUGAACUGGCUUUAUACCUGAGGAGGUCUGAUGUCUGAGCAGCCUCUCCCCAUCCACCUAGCAGCUGUCUGCAGCACCACCCGCUUGUGCUCAGUGCUACCAGACCCUAGAUGGUAGUUUGUGUUUUUUAUUUACCCAUUUCCUACUGUCAUAACUCCAGUUCCCCCUUGUUCAUCUCUGUAACCACUGUAGGUAACCGAGCCCAUCUGGCACCACCAUGAUGAUGAUAUGCAUGAUAACUUGAAACUUGGGAGGGGAACAUGCCAAGUGUAGGCUCUGCUUUGUCUUAGCAAUUAGUAUGAUAUUGACAGCUAAACCAACUGAGAUACUAAACAAGGUGCCGAUUGUACAAUCUAAUUUGAUCAAUGCCUCUUCAGCACUUUGAGCAAGUCACAGCUCACUAGUCUUCCUUUCACAGAGCACGGUUGGGAGGAAAAAAGUGUGUGCAUAUCUUCAUUUCUGUCCCUCUCUUCGUUUCUGUUUUUUAAACCCAUGUGUUUGCUUACACCCAUUUUUAUAGUGCCUGGUUUGUUUAACCAAUUUGCCACUCAAAAGCUAUUAAUGUCACAUUAGUUUUGUCAUUGCACUUCACUGUAGGCUUAAGUCUCUUACUUUUUCUUGGUGUUGUCUGAAGAUUGUACUGCUUAACAAGUGCAAUCACAAAACUAUGAAAGGGUACAGAUGUACUUCCUCCCAUGACCUUAAACCACCAUCCUAAGGACUCCCCAGACAUUCCAUCAUUACAAUAGCUCAGGCACUUUUUUUUUUUUUUUUUGCCAGCUCCUGUUCUGUAGUUGACUUGUGCAAGGCUGCCACUGUGGCCAUUAGCUAGCCUGGUAUAACCAGCUGGAGUGUGUCUGGUUUCAGUUUCUCAUAGGACCAAUUUUAAUUUGCAGCUUGGGGGUCGGGGGGUGGGGGGUGGUGUUUUUGUUUUUUAAUAUGAAACUGCAAUGUCAUUGUGGAAAACUGCCACCUUCAGCUACCCUGGGAGCUAUGACUGGCUUCAGUCUUUCUGCCAGAUCACUUAGUGGUGCAGAGUUUGGCUGCUCUGAAGCCACUGUUUGGAUGAAGGUCGGUAGUUUGUAAGCUAAACUGUCAAAAUACCAUUUCAAAUUUAAAAAUCUUCAUCUGGCCUGUCACACCCUUGCUGCAGAAAUGAUGGAGUGAGCUGCCUUGUGCACGAGUCAUCUGAAAAUGUCUGUAACCAAACUCAGUUCAGGCACUGUUCUGACCUGUAUGUCCAUUGCAAGAACUGCAGAACUCUGUAUACUAAAGAAUAAAUGGGAGAUGGUAGUGGUUGGAAUAACUGA